CAGGAGAGACCGCGCAGUUAGCCAGCCAGCUAGCCAAGUUAGCCAAGUUAGCCAAGUUAGUUAGUUAGUUAGUUAGUUAGUUAGUUAGUUAGUGAGUGAGUGUGCGUGCCUGUUAGCCACCUACCGGAUCAAUGCCAGCCUUCACCUUAAACGUCAGCACAGAGAGCCCAAGCAGCAGUAGCAGUAGCAGUCAACGCACGCAGUGGAGCUGCCACAGCCUUCGGCUGCUGAUGGCCAUCAUGAUCCUGGCCGUUGUGCUGCCACACACACAGGCCCGCCAUCUGGCUCUGGACUAUGCCUACGAUGAGUCCUCAUCAUCAUCGUCCUCGGCGGGCGAUGUCCUGCCCGUGUUCAACUUCGAUCCCUAUCACGGCCUGUCCGAGAGCUUCGGCGAGGGCAGCUACGACAGCGAUCUCAGUCUGAGCGAGAGCAGCUACGAGGAGAUCGCCCAGGCCACCAUGCGGGCAGCCAGGAAGGAGUUGCGCCGCCAGCGGACGCGGCACGCCCGCAGCCACAAUCUCCGCCUCUUCGCCGGCAGCAGGCCGGAGAUCCCGGAGUGGGAGAACCCCUGCGGGGGCACCUACACGCCGGACGAGAGCCUCAGCGACAGCAGUGCCAGCCAGGGACGCGUGAUCAAGCGCAAGCACCUCGAAAACCUGCGGAACAUCACGAUGAGCGAGUACCAAGACAUUACCCACCGCGCCACGCUGGAGUAUGGCAACCACCAGCACUUUCAGCGCGAGUACAAGUUCCUGCCGAACAUGACGAAGCCCACGAGUGCGGUGAAGCUCAAGACCUGGUACCGCCACAUGCAGACCUUCGUGGGCAGCUUCUCGUAUCUGGGACGGGCGCAGUACAAGUUCCGCAAGGACCAGCAGAAGAGUCUCAACGAGGCCGUGACCAAGGAGCUGCACGACCUGCUGGUCAGCGCCCGCUACAUGCUCUGCGAGAUCGAGUCGACCAUCAAUGCCUCCUAUCCGAACAGCAAUGGGGCCAAGCUGAGCCGCGUGAGUCGCCAGGCGAUGGAGGAGCGGCUAAACUUCCACACGCCGGCCAACGGUUCGGCGGAGGCGGACCAGCGGGACCUGAAGGUCAGCAAGGAGCUGUACUUCCAGUAUCUGGACAAUGUGUGGAAGACCCUGCACCGGGCGCUCCGGCGGCCCAAGCGGAACAGCGGUGAGCGGCGCCAUUUGGCGAUGGCGGCGGGAGCGGCAGGAGCGGGCCACGGAGGAGCGUCAGCGAGCGGCCUGCGGGCGGGUAGCUCAGAAAUGCUCGACCUGGGCUCCAGCUCCAGCUCCAGCUCCGCCUCCAAUGGGGCCGGUGUCAAUUCGGGGUCCGCUGAAUGCUGAGUGCUGAGCCAGCCAAACACAUGAAGAUCACGCCCUUCCAGUAUUAUCAGCUUCCGAGCUCCACAGCUUUUCCAGCUUCUAAGCCAAAUAGAGGACCACCCGGACUAAUUGAACGGGCGAGAACGAAGAAUUUUUGUCGAAUGCCAUUUAGACACGUACUAUAGUAUUUAUUUAUUUAUUGAGUAUUUAGUAUUGAGUAUUAGAGCGCCUUCCAUUCCAGUUGCCAAACUAAAACCAUUUCCCAUCUCGACUAUUUAUUUCCCAUUUAGCAUGUAUGUAUGCCCUAUUUAUUUUUUUGUCCACCCCCUCUAUGUGUAGUAAUUUAUUUAUUUAUUUUUAUCCAUAUUGUAUUUAUAUAAACAAAAUAUUUAUUUGUGAGCGGCGACGGAAGUGCGCCAAGAAAAAGCCAACAAAAAACCCAGACACAAACAAAAAAAUGCUUAAAUCUACUGUGAUUUAUUUUAAGUACUUUUUUUGAAUAGUUCUUAGUGAAUGUGAAGAAAAACGAACGAUUGUGAAUGAAAACGAAGCGAAGUAUUGUACAGACAUUCUUGUGCUUAGUUUGUAAGU